UCUUUGAUACUGUUGCUGGGGAGACAUCCACAGACAGAAUGAUUGUGUAUGUGUACUGCACAUAGCUGUCAAGUCUCCCGUUUUGGCCGGGAAACUACCGUAUUUUAACCUCUUUCCCGCCGUCCUCCCGUAUUAGUAUUCUCCCGUAAAUCUCCCGUAUUACUAUAUAAUAAUAACAAAACAUUCCUCUGCUUCUUUCUCUGAAUUCUGUCACUAGCCUCGCGAGAACUGCCACCUGCAGUAGCCUGGGUGGCAGUUGUCGCAAUAUUAGUGCCGACGGCGGGAACAAACCUGGAACAACAAAGGAGAGAAAUGGAUAGAUGUGACGAAAGAGAAGGCAUUCCGGCCAGAAAAAGAAAGACAUCGUGCAAAUAUCUUGAAAAAUGGGACAGCGAAUUUUCUUUUCUAAAGAAGAGCAGGAUGGGGCACAGUCACGCGUUCUGUAAGAUUUGUAACUGCGAUUUUAGUGUCUCCCACGGGGGAAGGAACGACAUCAGUCAGCAUGAAAAAUCGACCAAGCACAAGCGCUGGCUAGAGGCACAGAAACAUGCCCAGGCGAUGUCAACAUUUGUGACUAGAAAUACCACCGAGGCAGACCAGGUCAUAAAUGCAGAGGUUAAAAUGGCAAUGCUGUGUGCCAAAAACAAUGUUGCUUUCAACUUCUGUGAUGACUUCAAUAAGUGUGUAGCUGAAAUGUUCCCGGACUCUGCUAUCGCACGGAAAUUCUCGGCGGAAAAAACCAAGGCUACCCAACUCAUCAAAGGUAAGCUGAGUCAAAUUAAGUAUGAGUAUUGUGUAUGCAUAUGCCUACUUAAUAAUGUCCCUUAUGCAUAUUUGUAGGGUAAUGAUUAGGUAAUUUUAAUUACUGGGCUCUCUCAACAGGUGCCAUAGCAACAGAGCUAGAUGACGAGUUGGCCAAAACAUGCCGAUCUCAGCCAUUUUCUGUGAUGUGCGACGAAUCGAACAACAGAAAAGGAAAUAAAGAAUUUGUCAUCCUAACUAGACUCUACGAUGAGGCCACUCUGCAGGUCGUUACAAGAUUCAUGGAGAUGUCUGUAUGCAACGUGGGAAAUGCAGAAAAUCUGUAUGAAAAACUGAGUGAAGCACUAAGAAAAAGGGGCAUCCCAUGGGAGAACCUGAUAGCCUUUAACUCUGAUAAUGCGAGCGUCAUGAAAGGCAGACACAACUCUGUUAUCAGCAGACUGAAACAGAGCCAGCCCCACGUCCAGGACCUCGGCUGCAUCUGCCACCUGGCGCAGCUGGCCACUGGCUGUUGCAUCAGAGCAGCCCAGGUACCGGUGGAAGACAUCCUGGUGGGGAUAUACACCCACUUUGAUAAAAGUGCAAAAAGAUGUGAACUGUACAAAGGGUUUGUAGAUUUCACUGAUUAAGACCACCUGAAGCUCCUCGGGUACUGCAGCACCAGAUGGCUGAGUCUGCUAACCUGCAUCCAGAGAGUGUUGAACCAGUGGGAUGCACUGCAGGCCUACUUUAACAGUCAUGAGGAGGUGGAGAGGAGUGCCAAAGUGCGCGAUCUAGCAAGCCAUCUGCGUGAUCCAAUCGUGAAGGCUUACUUCAUGUUCCUGAGUGCUGCCCUUAAGCCUUUAUAUGAAUUUAAUAUUGUCUUCCAGUCAGAGGCCGUGCAGAUUCACAGACUUGAAGGGGAGAUGUGUAGGCUGAUCAAGAGGAACCUGGUGUUCCUCAUACCAGCCAGGGCCAUCAUGGGUGUACCUCUCAAGGAGGUGGAGUAUGGAGAAGGACAUCAGUUGGCUGACGAAGAGCUCUUUAUAGGAGCAGAAACAAAGGCAUUCAUGGCAAGGAAAGAGCUCCCUGUGUCAGCGGAGAAGAAAAUCUUUCAAUCUGUGAGAAGAUUCUAUGAAGCAGUGCUUCAGAAGAUGUUCUCCUCCUUUCCUCUUGACCAUCCACUCCUGAAGGACAUGAAAGUGCUGGACCCUGCUGCUCGCCUUGACAUUACUCCAGGGACAGUGGCAAGGCUAGGGGCCCUUUUCCCUCAGUUGAGCUUGAGUGAGGAUAGGCUGAGAGAGGAACUCAUUGACUACCAGGUGACAGAUAGCAAGCAUCUCCCACAUGAAGACAAAACUGACAGAUUCUGGGGACUGGUAGGGAAAGAUGUGAGGUUCAGUGAGCUGCCAAGAUUAAUGAAGGCUUUACUAUGCAUUCUCCACAGCACUGCCAGUUCUGAAAGAGUGUUCAGUAUGGUAAGAAAGAUUGUUACAGAGAAUAGGAUGUCAUUAGACAACAGCACGGUUUGUGCUUUACUGUCAUGUAAAAUCAACCACUCUGGCCCAGGCCACAAAUACACUCCAUCCAAACGAGUCUUAAAGGAUGCAAAGGCUGCAACAAAUCUGUAUAAUAAGUCUUUAGUGAAUGCCAGAGAGCCACCUGAGUGAACAUGAGAAAUUUAAAUAAAAUGUGUAAUGAAGACAAAAUGUAAAUGUUUAACCUAUAAACAAGCAAUGUAUAUAUAAACUGAAAAUGUGUUAAAUAAAUAAAUGUGC